AUGGCGAAUAUCUUGUUUGCCAAAAUUGGCUUCAUCGAUGGGUCGAUAAAGAAGCCAGAGAAGACUCCAUCCACUUAUAUGGCCUGGAUGCGUUGCGAUGCAAUGAUAAAAGGCUGGCUCACUACGUUGAUGGAGAAGGAAAUACGUAGCAGUGUUAAGUACGCUAACAGUGUUGCGGAAAUUUGGGAUGACCUGAAGGAGAGGUUUGGCAAGGAAAGUGCACCGAGAGGUUAUGAGUUGAAACACUCGCUCACGGUGACUCGACAAGACGGGACUUCCGUCCCAGCCUACUAUACUAAUUUAUGUGGCCUAUGGGACGAAAUACAAUCGGUUUCACCGAUUCCUCGUUGCACGUGUGAGGGAUGUACGUGUGGGCUUGGGAAGAAACUUGUUGAACUCAAAGAAAAGGAAAGAACAUACGAAUUUUUUAUGGGUCUUAACAUUGAAUUUUCGGUGAUUCGGACUCAGAUUUUGGCAAUGAAACAAAUAACAAGCUUAGGGACGGCUUAUCAUUUAGUUGCUGAAGAUGAGCAACAGAGGGUUGUUUCCUUUGCUAAGAAAAUGACUCAAGAAGCAUUUGUUUUUCAAGCCUUUGUUCCAGCAAAACACGAAGGACAACAGUAG